AUGGAAAACAUAGGAGAAGACAUAAUUGCUAUGGCUUUACCUGUUGCACUGUUCUUGCUGAACACGAAUCGUGUUCAAAAAGCUAUCGAGUGUUGCAAAGAAAGCUUGUUUUUGAUGAAUUGCAACACAGAAGAGAAUGACUUGCAAUCUAUGAAACUGCAUCUCUUGGAGUUCUAUUUUAUUCUUUUCCGCGCUUACCUUCGUAUCUCUGACUACAUAAAUGCGGAGAGAUGUUGCCGUGAAUUGCUAGUCCUCUCCCACGAGUCUGGUGCCUUACUGAUAGAAGGAGUUUUAAGCAUGGUUUUGGCAAAUAGAUGUGAGAUUCAGUGUAAGUUUACAGAAGCCACACAACUUUACAAUAAAGCGAUUAACAUACGGGCUACAACAGGGGAUAAAAAAGGAGAAGUAAACGCCUAUGUAAGAAUUGGAGCUAUGUUUCAUAAACUUGGUGAAUACGUAAAGGCGAAAGAGUAUUACGAGAGAGCUCUUCAUAUCACAAUUCAAAUUUGCGACAGAGAUGGAGAAGCAUUAUCGUACGUAAACUUAGGAGCUGUGUUUCACUCACUUAAGGAAUAUUUGAAAGCGAAAGAAUAUGUUGAGAGAGCCCUUGCCAUCAGAAUUGAAAUGGACAACAGACUAGAACAAGCGACAUGUUACGGAAACUUAGGAGCUGUGUUUAUGGGCCUUAGGCAAUUCGUCAAGGCUAAAGAGUAUCUCGAAAAAGCCCUUGCUAUGAGGACUGAAAUUGGUGACAGACUAGGAGAAGCAGUAGAUUACGAAAACUUAGGGCACGUAAAUUUUUUGCUUAGACAAUACUUCAAAGCCAAAGAGUAUUUCGAAAAAGCGCUGGUCAUAAGAGCAGAAAUUGGCGACAGAACAGGGGAAGCAGAAGGUUUCCUAAACUUAGGAAUUAUGUUUGAGUCGCUUUGGCAGCCAGUCGAGGCUAAAAAGUAUUUCGAAAAAGCUCUUACCCUCAAUAAUGAAAUUGGCAACAGAAAAGGACAAGCAAAAUGUUACGAAUGCAUAGGAACUAUGUUUAUGUCGUUUGGGGAGUACGUCAAGGCUAAAGUGAAUCUCGAAACGGCGCUUGCCAUCGCAACUGAAAUUGGCUACAGAGAAGGAGAAGCGCUCUGUUACAAAGGCUUAGGAGAUGUGCUUUGUCAGUCGGUUGGGGAUUAUAUCAAGGCGAAGGACCAUAUGGAGAGAGCCCUUGCCAUCACAACUGAAAUUGGCGACAGAGAAGGAGAAGUAUCGUGCUACAGAGGCUUAGGAAAAGUGCUUUCUUGCCUUGGGGAUUAUAACAGGGCGAAAGAGUGUGACGAGAGAGCCCUUGCCAUCACUAUUGAAAUUGGCGACAGAGCAGGAGAAGCGUCAUGUUACGCUGGGCUAGGAAGUGUGUUUAAGUCGCUUGGUGAAAACGUCAAAGCGAAAGAGUAUACUGAGAGAGCCCUUGCCAUCACAAUUGAAAUUGGCAACAGAAGGGUAGAGAUGGAAUGUUAUGGAAUCUUAGGAAAUAUAUUUUCUUCCCUUGGACAAUACGUCGAGGCUAAAGAGUAUUUCAGAAACGCGCUUCGCAUUAGCAUUGAAAUUGGUGACAGAGAAGGAGAAGCAAAAUCCUAUGCGAACUUAGGACAUUUAUUUACGAUGCUUGAUCACCAAAUUGCGGAAGUAUGUUUAGAGAGGGCACUUUACUUAUCCAGCACUAUGAAAUUAAGUUACCUUGAGUUGCAAGUCUUCUUCGGUUACUCGAUAUUAUUUUUACAACAAAACAAACUCGAAGAAGCUCUUUGUUAUCUACAUCAGAACAUUUGUAAAUUCGAAGAGCAAAGAAAUCUUCUUGGAAUCAACGAUCAGCUUAAAACAUUAUUUUUGGAGGCGAGAGGUGCGUCUCCCUACAAGCUGCUGAGUUGGUUGCUCUGUGUAACCAGGAAUCCUCGUCAUGCUCUUUACGUUGAGGAGUUGGGUCGAGCAAGAGGCCUAUCAGACUUGAUGGCAGAGAAGUACUCAGUUGAAACGCACAUUUCUGCCAAUCCACAAUCUUGGUCUGGCAUUGGAGACAUCUUGAAGAAGGAAAAUAACUCUACUUGUUUGUACAUUUCUUUUUUUAAAGAUGUUGUGCAAUUAUGGAUCAUGAAAUCAAGUGAUGUCAUCUUUUACAGGGAAAUUCCAGUGAGAGAAAAUUUCGUUCUAGCUGGGUUGACCAAGAAUUUGUCUUUGGGUAAAAUUUUGGUUGACAGUUUCCAUAGUUUUGGUUGUUUGCCCAUGGAAGAGUGCGAAGAUCGUUCUUUACAAGUGGGUGAGCCGCAACCUAUUUCACUAGAGCAGAGGAGCUCCAAAGCAUCACGACUUCUAGAGGAAGACGACAACGAGGAGGAAAUUUCAAGUAUAUUCUUGUGUUACAAAAUCUUUAUUGCCCCAAUUUACCAUUUACUUGAAGACCCAGAAGUCAUUAUCGUUCCUCAUAGUAGCUUGUACAAAGUUCCAUUUGCAGCCCUAAAAGAAAAGGAUGGAGCCGCAUACUUCUCGGAGAGUCAUAGGAUCCGCGUUGUUCCUUCUUUGACAACACUUAAGCUCAUUCAAGACAGUCCGGUAGACUAUCACAGCAACAGUGGCGCACUGAUAGUAGGUAAUCCCAAGGUUAGUUGGCUGUCGCCACUGCCAUGGGCUAGAAAAGAAGCAGAGAUGGUUGGAAGACUGGUGGGCACUGCACCUCUGGUAGGAGAGAGCGCAACGAAGCAGGCUGUACUUGAACAGAUAACUUCAGUCAGCCUGAUACAUUUUGCAGCCCAUGGUGAUGCCGAAAGAGGAGAAAUUGCCCUCUCCCCUAAUCAAACCUCCGACAAUCCAAAGAUUAUUCCGCCAAAGGAAGCCUAUAUGCUGACGAUGGGUGAUGUUUCACGAGUAAAAGUCAGAGCUAAACUGGUGGUACUCAGCUGUUGUCACAGUGCAAAUGGACAGAUCCGAGCCGAGGGAGUUAUCGGAAUCGCCCGGGCGUUCCAAGCUUCCGGUGCUCGGUCGGUGUUGGCUGCGCUGUGGGCCAUUCCAGACUCAGCAACAGAGAAGCUCAUGCGUCGGUUCUACGAACAUCUUGCUGGUGGAGAAAGUGCCAGUGAAUCUCUUCACCAGGCCAUGAAGUGGAUGAGGAAUAACGGUUUCACCAUGGAGUCUGACUGGGCUUCAUUUAUGCUGAUUGGAGAUGACGUGAAGUUGGAGUUUGGCAAACAGAGGUAA